AUGGCCGUGAAGGAUGUAAUAUUUUGGUCUGACAGCCUCGAUGUAAUCCACUGGAUCCAUGGUCAAACCCGACAGUACAAGCCGUUCAUCGCCCACCGAGUCUCAGAGAUACAACAGAAAACGCUCCCGUCUCAAUGGCAUCAUGUCCCUGGAGAACAGAAUCCUGCCGAUUUAGCCACCCGAGGAAGCAGUAUGACCAGCAUGUCAGAUAAGAGUGUAUGGACAGAAGGCCCUCAGUUUCUGUAUGGGGGGAGAGACAGCUGGCCAUCGCUAGGACCCCAGGCAACAUUUGAUCGUCAGUUGACAGCCAAAGCCCAAGAAGAGGUCAAGAAAACAGAUAUUGCCUGUGCUCAUGUCACUGGAAGUACAGACCCGGUCAACAACACCAUCUUUGAGUCUACUCGUUUUUCUACCUGGUCGAAGACGGUGAGAGUAACAGCGUGGGUGUUACGUUGGCGACGUCUGGUGACAGGCAGAAAACCUGCGGCACCCAGUUUAGAAGCUGAUGAAGUUCGAGCUGCUGAGAUGUAUUGGGUACGACACCUUCAGAGAAAGAACCAUCUCUGUACCCUGCUGAUACGACACUUCCACAAUCAACACCGCCACUCGAAAGGGGUUAAUGCACUGUUAGCAGAGACACGUCAACGUUUUUGGAUCCUAAGAGGCCGAGAGGAGAUCAAGCGUUUCAAGAGAAUGACAGCGCGGCGUGGUGUCCCUCAAGAGGUAGUAUCCGAUAAUGGCAGUAAUUUUGUGGGAGCUGAGCGGUACCUGGGAGAACUGAUUUCCGAGAUGAGUGAGGUGAAGAUUUUGGAGAAGGCCUCCAGCCUUGGCAUUAAGUGGCGUUUUAACCCCCCGUUAGGCUCACACCAUGGAGGAGUGUUUGAGGCAAUGGUGAAGUGUGCUAAGCAGUCGUUGAAGGCAAUCUUGGGAGAGGCUCAGGUAACUGACGAGGAACUGUUAACUGCUGUGAUUGAGGUUGAAGGUCUGCUGAACUCCCGUCCUAUUGUGUAUUGUGGAAACGACCCAGAGGAUGAAGUCUUGACACCUAAUCAUUUCUUACAUGGCCAAGCUGGUGGUCAGUUGUCCCCUGAGAUUCCCGCUGAGAUCGCCUUCAACCCGCGUCUUCGAUGGCGCUUUGUCCAGGAUUUAGUCCAGAAAGUGUGGCGGCGUUGGAUGAAGGAAUAUGUGACACUCUUACAGCAACGUCCAAAAUGGCUGACUCCACAACGUAGCUUAGAGAUAGAUGACAUCGUUCUAGUGGUAGAUCAGACAAACCCAAAAGGUCGUUGGCCUCUUGGCCGUGUGAUGCAAGUUUACCCAGGCAGUGAUGGUCGGACCAGAGUCGUCGACGUGGAAACCGGUGGAAAGAUUCUGAAACGCCCCAUUACGAGAUUGUGUCCCCUAGCUAUGGACCAGAUAAGGGUCUAG